CUUAGUCGUUGUUGUUGCUGCUGCCUGUUUGAAUGAGCAUUGAGCGUCCAUAUUUGGAGUUGGAGGUGGUCAAGUCAAUUGGCUGUACAGGAUAUGGUCAUAGUUUCUAGCCUAGCGUUGACACUGACGCAGCUCGGAUUAUGCAAACCAUUCAAUUUACGCCAAAGAUAUCAUCCUUGUUAAUUAGUGUCUAGUGAAAAGCAAUUAUGAAGUAAAUGGUAUUGAAAAUUCCUUACAACAAGAACUGUCUGGUGUAUGCAUUCCUUUGAAAGAACGACCACUUCACCAACUGAUUUCACAAUUCGAAUACAAGAUCAAGAUGACUUCGAAAUUACAACGCGAGAAUAGUGUGAAUCAUCACAAGGAACUUUUCGAACGAGUGAAGUACAACAGUUUCUCUAACAUCAAGGACACACUUUCAAAAUACCCCAACAUAAUAAAUGAAAUCAACUAUGAUUAUGAUAAGACAAUAUUGCAAAUCGCCUGCUUUGAUUUAGCUGAUACCAUAAAGAAUGAAACCAUACAAAUCUUGAUCGAUUAUGGAGCUGACGUUGACGAUCCAUACGGCAGUGAAGAAUACAAUGCUUUGCACUACGCCGUUUUAGGCCAGAAUCCAGACGUCUUAAAGGUAAUUCUUUUAAACACCAAAAACGUGAACUGCUUGGAUGACGAAAACAAUAGUCCACUACUUCUGUUACUCAAAGAUGGAGAGGAGGACAAGGACAUUGUGGAAUGUGCCACACUAUUAAUAAAUGCAAACAUUGAUGUGAACUUAACGAAUCGAAAGAAUCAGACUUGCAUUUAUUGGGCGGCAAAAAAACAAUACAAAGAAGUAAUUAAAUUACUCUUAGAUAUACCCAAUAUCGAUAUAGACAACUAUAAGGAUUCCAUGAAUAAAUCAGCUAGAUCGUACCUAACCGAAUUAGGCUUUAAAGUGGAUAAUUUCAAACCAAUGGAACUUGAUAUCGAAGCACAGUUGAAACAAUUGCUCAUAGACGGAGAUGAAGAUAUUUUUAAAAGUGAAUACGAAUUAUACAAAAGCAAAACGAAUUAUUUGGAUUUGGCUGUAGACAAGAAUUUGCCGAAAGCAGUUGAUUUUCUCCUAAAAGUUGGAUGCGAUCCAAAUAUCAAGUUAAAUACAAAACCAAUUAUUACAAUAGCUGGAAGUAGGGGAUACCACGAAAUAUUCAAAUUACUAAUUCAGAAUUUCAGCAUUCGGAAUUUAACCAUCCCAGAAAAUAUUCUUUCUGAAAUUUUAAAAUGUAUAGACUUGGAUCCGAUUCCGAAGAAAGGAAUUGAUCGCAACAUUUGCUUCAAAUAUUACAUGGAAUAUGUGACUCCUGUGAACGUUAACAUUAAGGAUGACAAUGGCAGUUACCCAUUGCAUUACUCUUCCCGAUACGCAUCUUCAGAUGUUACAAAGCUGCUGCUUCAAAAAGGUGCUUCAUUAGCGAACCGUGACAAGUACAAUGUACUUUCAGUUAGCGAGAUGGACUUUGAGACUUUGAAGGAGCACUUCGAUUCUUGCAUAACAGCGAAACCUAACGAGGAGAGCGUCAAGGAAGAUCUUACAAUAGUGUUCGACUACAACUGUCUAUUGCCAACAUCCAAUGAGAUUAAAUUCGAUGAGGAAAUGGGAAAGAGCAGUGGUAUUCGUAAGGAUUCCAAAGAGACAGAUGUGAUUUUGUAUAUGAGCCAAUCAUCUGAAUUAAGAAACUUGCUUCUUCAUCCGUUAAUUGCUAGUUUUCUAUAUAUGAAAUGGCAACGAAUAAGUUUCAUCUUUUGGAUAAACCUGUUUUUCUACUUACUCUUUUGCUCCUCCUUUAUGCUGUAUGUGUACAAUGGCACGCAGUCUUUUCUUGCAAUUAUGACUAUAUUACUCUCCGUGAGAGAAGUUUUUCAAUUGAUUGUGGCCUUCAAAAAAUAUUACCAAAAUUUUGAAAAUUACAUUGAAAUGCUAUUAAUUGGUGCUGUCAUUGUGUUGCUCGUUACCAAUGAACCUACUGAAGAAACAAAGAAACAAUUGAUUGGUAUAAUUACAAUAUUAGCCACUUUCGAGCUACUAUUCCUAUUGGGAAAUUUACCUUCACUGACCACAAAUAUUGUUAUGUUACGAAGAGUUUCAUACAGUUUCUUCAAAAUAUUUAGUUUUUACUUCAUCAUCAUCAUGGCAUUCGCAUUUUGCUUCUACACAAUUUUUAAUAAAGAUAAAGAUUCCGAGUUUGAAAGUUACUCGCAAGCAUUCUUCAAAACUGCUAUUAUGUUAACAGGAGAACUGGAAGCUGGUGAUAUAGAAUUUGAUAAACAUCCAAUCACAAGUCAUUUGAUAUUUAUUAUUUUCGUGUUUUGCAUUGUUAUUAUUCUGCUUAAUUUGGUGAACGGUUUGGCUGUAAGCGACACCCAAGAAAUUAGAAACGAGGCUAAAUUAAUUAGUUUGAUCGCCCGCACAGAGUACGUAGCAUAUGCUGAAGAUAUAUUGUUUAGUAUUCAAAUACCAGCAUGGAUAGCUGAAUAUUAUGAGAAAUUCUGUAUUUGUCAAGGUAAUAACAGGACACCCAAGGAUUCUAAAACUAUUUUGGCUAGUCGAGUCUGCUUAUUUCCAUACUAUUUGCAUGACAAUCAGUUAGAGGUUUACCCAAAUCAAAAUGGAAGAGUUAAAUUUGGAAACCGAAGGGACCAGAGAUGCAAAAUCGUUCUACUCGAUAAUUCCACAGUGAGAUCAGCAAGAAAAAUGAUUCAAAUUCGGAGGGAGAAAGAUAAGGAACAUAACCAGUUAUUGGAGAGUCUAACAAAUAUCAUUAAAAAUGAACUGAUGGAACUGAAAAAUCUUAAUCACUUUAAUUCUAAUUUUAAAAAUCCAAAACUUGUAUAAUUUAUUUCAAAUCAAUUGU